GGCUGGGGGGGAAAUCCCUCUUUCCCGUAGAGGUCCUGAAGAGGGGGCGGUGCAUAACAAAAAGUAAUGGCCAUCUAGCGUUAUUUGGGUCCUGAAGAAGGAGGGGUAUUUCUCGUCGGACUAGCGUGAUUGAGUUUUCUUCAUGUUAGCGCGUAUGUUUUUCCGUCAUUGACACCAAGGAGAGCCUCAAACGGUUUUUUUUUUCCCCGUUGGACGCCCGUUGGCCACGGUCGCAAAACGGUUAACUGCCGAACUUGGAGCCGCGUUUUAGGGUUAACGCAGCAGCUAGCCACGCUAACGUUAGCUACUACCAGCGCCGCGGUGUGAGCCAACGUCUGGAAGGGCGUACGAGUUUGACGUUUUAUCCCGCAAGUCUGCUCACAUUUCUGAGUUUAGUACAACGCGGUCCUCUCUCUCUCUCUCUCUCGCUCUCUCUUUCUCUUCUCCUCAAACCUAACCCACCCAGUCAACAUGGAGGGGACACACUUUGUACGGGCAUGAAGACGACGAGAAACGGCGACUGAGGAAAAAAAAAGGGGGGAUUAAAAAGCAACUCGGUCUUGAUGGGGAAAAGUUGAGCUGAGGAUUAACAACUUGGGAUAAACUGAAGAAAGGUUUCGAGUCUUUCCUAUUGUACAAGGGCAUGCUAACACCUCAGUGAUGGAGUCCACGGUUGUGAGUACAUCCACUCAGGCCCCUGAUGAGUUUGAUAGGAACGUGCCGCGGAUCUGCGGCGUGUGCGGCGACAAAGCCACCGGCUUCCACUUCAAUGCCAUGACUUGUGAGGGCUGCAAGGGUUUUUUCAGGCGCAGCAUGAAGCGCAAGGCCGCCUUCACGUGUCCCUUUAACGGCAGUUGCACCAUCACCAAGGACAACAGGCGCCACUGCCAGGCAUGCCGGCUCAAACGCUGCGUGGACAUUGGCAUGAUGAAAGAGUUCAUUCUGACAGAUGAGGAAGUUCAGAGGAAGAAGGACUUGAUUCAGCGGAGGAAGGAUGAAGAGGCACAGCGCGAAGCAGAGAGGGAGGCGCGUCGGCCCCGGCUUACUGAUGAACAGAGUCAGGUCAUCGCCACGCUGGUGGAGGCGCACCACAAAACAUAUGACGACUCCUACUCUGAUUUCUGCCGCUUCAGGCCUCCUGUGCGUGAGGGCCCAGUGACACGUAGUGCCAGCAGAGCUGCAUCUCUCCACUCCCUCUCUGAUGCCUCCUCUGACUCCUUCAGUCACUCUCCAGAGUCGGUAGACACCAAAAUGAACUUCAACAACCUGCUGAUGAUGUACCAAGAACAGGGCAGCAGCCCUAACUCCAGUGAGGAGGAGGGCUCCAGCUUCUCCAUGCUGCCCCACCUGGCUGACCUGGUCUCCUAUAGCAUCCAGAAGGUUAUUGGCUUUGCCAAGAUGAUCCCUGGGUUCAGGGAGCUGACUGCAGAGGACCAGAUUGCUCUGCUCAAGUCCAGUGCCAUUGAAGUGAUCAUGCUGCGCUCAAAUCAGAGCUUCAACCUGGAAGAUAUGUCCUGGAGCUGUGGUGGUCCCGACUUUAAAUACCAGAUCAGUGACGUCACCAAAGCGGGCCACACUUUGGAGCUGUUGGAGCCACUGGUGAAGUUCCAGGUGGGAUUGAAGAAGCUGAACCUGCAAGAGGAGGAACAUGUGCUGCUGAUGGCCAUCUGCCUGCUUUCUCCAGACCGCCCAGGUGUGCAGGAUCACGCAAGGAUCGAAGCCCUCCAAGACCGACUGUCAGAGACCCUGCAGGCCUACAUCCAGCUUCACCACCCAGGAGGACGACUGCUUUACGCCAAGAUGAUCCAGAAGCUGGCCGACCUGCGCAGCCUCAACGAGGAGCACUCCAAACAGUACCGCUCACUCUCCUUCCAGCCGGAGCACAGUAUGCAGCUCACCCCGCUGGUGUUGGAGGUGUUCGGCAGCGAGGUCUCCUAGAGGCAGCCGCUGAAACCUCAAGUAGUGGAUUGAGACAAAAAUGUAGGGAAAGAAAGCUAAAUGGAGGUGUGGAGUGCAGACCGAAAGUGGCGUGUGUGUUUUGUGUGUACGUAUGUAUGUGACUGUGUAUGCGCAUGUGUUGGGUGUGUGGUUUCAUGUGCGUCUUGUCUGAAGAAGUUUAUCUCGGCAUAAGGCUGAGGUUGUAUGGAGAGCAAGAAGAUGUUAAGAGAGACAGGAAGAAAGCUUCAUAUAAAACAAAUUAAACUACACAUACAUCUUCUGCCUA